AGCGAAAGCGAAAGCCAGCGGCGGGCACCAUGGCGGCGCCGCUGCUGGUGAAGCUGAGCCCAGCGCCUGAUGACAGCGAGAAGGCGAAGCUGAAGCUCCAGAGCUACUUCCAGUCAGGGAAGCGCUCAGGGGGAGGCGAGUGUGAGCUGCAGGCGGGCCCCGAGCCCGGCACCUUCCUGGUGUACUUCCACCAGGAGCGAGAUAAGAAGAAUGUGGAGUCCCGCACUGACCACGUCGUGGAAAUGGGUGCCAAGUGCCUGAAGGUCAGCAUCCAGCCCGAGAAAGGGGGCUUGAGUGGGGACCAGUCGACGUCGCAAGCCGCCGCCAGCUGCUCCCAGCCAUACCACAUCUCCCCACCGCCUCGGGGGUCCAGGGAAAAGCAGGCUGCUGAAGGACAGCGAGACACCGCAGCUGAAACCGUGACCAAAAAGAUUUUUCUUACAGUAUCUGCGAUAUUGAAUACCAGUAUGUUCACUAAACAGCAAAGGGAGAAAAUUGCUCUUAUAUGUCCAAACCUAAAAAGAGAAGGAAAUCCUGAUGUUGACGGCUAUGAGAAAUUAACAGGAGACUACACAGAUAUUGAAAAAGCUUAUCAUUACUUUAAAGAUAUCCUUGCAGGCUACGACCAACACCAUGAUUUUUCACAUACUGGGAGUAAGAAUGGUUUAGAAGAUGGGAAUGGUCUGAAAAAUGAAGAAAGCGAUGAGCUUACAGUUCCAUCAGCUCUCUAUGAAUAUUUCUGUCAUACCUGCAAAGAUCAAAUUAAGGAACUGAAUGAAUGUUUUGGGGUGCAUUUAAGAAAUAAAGAUUGUAACAAUGGGUACACAUCAGUAUGCUUCAAUUCUAAUAAAAGUUCUAAAAGUUCUGCAUCAAUGCAAAAAGCUAAGGAUUUUUUUACCAGUGCUUUUCAGAAAAAUAUCAAAGAUGUGCAACAGGAAAAAAUUUCCCUAACGAACGGUUACCAGUUAAAUGAGACAAUAAUGAAAUUAAAUAAUAGGUUCAGUAAUCUUCUUGCCAAACAGGAAGAGAAUCAACUACUCCUCCGUGGUCCAACAAAAGAAAUUUUGAAUGCCAAAAACUUUCUAGAAGAGGAAAUGCAGAACAGCCAAACUGAAAAGAAUGUGGAUAUACCAUGUGAAUUGUAUACUUACAGGAACGAAAUUGCAGUUGAUGCUUCUGUGUUCAAUCUGUUGGAAACAGCAUUACAAAAAGAAAUUGAGGACAUUAAAGAAAAUUUUGAUACUGUAAUGGAAAAGAAACACAGUUCAGACAGCCAGAAGAUGCUCAUAAUAUUUAAGCCAAGGUCCAAAAUUUCUGAUAGGUUUUCCCAUGCUAUUGAAGCUUUCAUCAAUGCAUUUCAGAAUGCCUUUGCAAUGUUAAGAGAAAAACUUAUCAGCUGUAAACUUUCAGAGUAUCAGGAACAACGAUUAAAUAUGCUUGAUGGAAAACAAUUGGAAGACCUGCACGUAAAAUUUAAGAAGAAGGAAGACAAAAUAAUUUUAUAUGGUUUACCAAACCAUCUCGACGCUGCUGAAAAGCACAUCAUGAAACUUCUUAAUGCUGGAGGCUCUGCAGAAACUAAAACCAGGACACCACUUGGCAACAAAGAAGCUACAGGAGUGUCUGAGAAGAAAUACGGUGACAGGCAAAAGAGUAGUUUUUGUUCCAAAGAGGAGGCUAAGGCAAAGACAGAAGAAGACACCGAUAGCACAUGUCCUAUUUGCAUGGAGGGAAUGAAUGAUAAAGUAAUACUGACAAAGUGCAAGCAUGCGUUUUGCAGAGUUUGCAUCACAAAGGCCAUGACUUACAAGAAAACUUGUCCUGUUUGUAAUACCGUCUAUGGGCCCAUGCAAGGAAAUCAACCCGAGGGAGAAAUGUCAUUUCAAUUUACUCGUUCAUGUCUUCCUGGAUAUCCCAACUGUGGUACUAUUGUGAUUCACUAUGAUAUGAAAGGCGGGAUUCAAACUAAAGACCAUCCGAACCCAGGGGCACCUUAUAAAGCGGUUUUUCGGACAGCGUAUUUACCUAAUAAUAAGGAAGGGCAAGAAAUUCUGCAGCUCCUCAAAAGAGCCUUUCAACAAAAAUUGAUUUUCACAGUGGGGCAGUCACGCACUACCGGCUUACAAGGUGUUAUCACAUGGAACGAUAUUCACCACAAAACCUCCAUAUAUGGUGGACCUACAAAUUUUGGCUACCCUGAUCCUGAUUAUCUGAAGCGGGUUCGAUCAGAAUUGAAAGCAAGAGGAAUUGAAUAGAGAAACCUACAAGCUGGCAUCUUUUAAGUGUAAUAACUGAACAUGCAGCAGUUAAUUCACCGAUCAGGUUCUAAGAAGAAAGUUAAUUUGUUCAACUGCUAUACGUAAAUCGCUUGUAUUUCACAGUCAGCUAAGAAAAGUAAUCUUUUCUGAUCAAAAGAUAUAUGUUGUUUUCAUGCAGUAUUUGCUUCUAUGAACAAUGCUUCCCUAUAUGCUUCCCUCUUUGCAGAAUUUGGAUCUCUUGAGUGCAGCAUCUGUACUAGCAUUUGUCAAAUAGCAGUUUGUGUAUCUUAUUCUCAUUUUACCAAUAAAUCUUGUCUGUACUUGUUCCUACAAGUCUUCAGUCUGGCCUCCAAAGUGGCAAAUCCAUUACUAGCUUUUCUUUGACCAAAUACUUCUGCUUCAUGUUUUUAUACCAGUCGUCAUGGAUAGCAUCAUGUAAUCUGUGCUGGAGGAUUUGUAUGCAGCUGUUACAGUAUCAGCUGUAUAUGGCCAUGAUCUUUUGUUUCUUUUCCUUUUCAAGGUAGAUACAGCAUUAAUGGUUUGGGUUUUAAACGUGAAAUUGGCAUGGAUAAUGUUGUGUGAUAGGUUUUGUGGAUGCUGCUAUUUUUUCACCUGUGUCCAGAAAUGCUGAAUGCUGAAAGUCUGGCUGGGACAAACAGACACUGUUUGUGGUCAUCUCUGGUAAUGAGUUCCUGGCUCCAUGCCUUUCAUUGUAUUUAAGCCUAAAUACUGCUUUCAAGUCAGUUUUGCAUGUAACACUGUACUUCCCAUCGCUUCCAACGUGAUUUAAAUAUUAGCAUGAAGAUAAUUUUGUCACACUGCUUUGAGCUGUCCAAAUAGCUGGCCAAUUACCUCUGUGGUGGUAGAAAACAAAUAGGUUUCACUUGAUGUACCCUAAUUUUAAUGAGUUAAACUAUUUGUGUAAGACAUUACAUAUAAUAAAUAAAAUAUAUAGUUAUCACCUGA